UCCAAGAGUUUAAAGCAGCCAUAGAAGAUUUAAACGCAGUUCUCUUUCAAUUUCCAAAUUGGCCUGAGGUCUACUUCAGGAAAGGAAAAGUACUCUUUGAUGCGCUUUCUAGGUGAUGCCUUACAACUGUUUCUUCAGUGCUUAGCUCUGGAUGAAGAUUUUGCACCUGCAAAGCUGCAAGUAGAAAAGAUUUUGUGUGAUUUAUUAUCUCCUGAAAACUUAAAAGAAGACCUGAAAGAAUCUUCCUGGAAUGCAUUACCGUGUAUUAAAAAUAAACCUUUUGGUUUCCCUUCAGUCAUGGAAGAAUCUCACUUUCCCAGUGAGCUUAGUCCAAAGCAGAAUGAAGAAGUAUCUGAGGUCACUGCAGAGCCUGUCAAAGGAAGCUUAAGCCGUGCUCAGUCUGCACAGGCUAUAAAUUCAGCAGAAAUGCCUGCCAGAGAGGAUUGUUUAAAAAGAGUGUCCUCAGAACCUUUACUCUCUGUUGAAGAAAAAGGUGUUCUGCUGAAAAGAAAGUUGUCUCUUUUAGAACAGGAUUUGAUUGUAAAUGAAGAUGGAAGAAAUAAGGUUAAAAAACAAGGAGAAACUUCCAAUGAAGUCUGCAUGUUUUCAUUAGCUUAUGGCAACAUCCCAGAAGAAUUAAUAGAUGUCUCAGAUUUUGAGUGUUCUCUCUGCAUGAGGUUGUUUUUUGAGCCAGUAACAACCCCUUGUGGACAUUCAUUCUGUAAGAAUUGUCUUGAGCGUUGUUUAGAUCAUGCACCAUAUUGUCCCCUUUGCAAAGAAAGCUUAAAAGAGUAUCUAGCAGAUAGGAGGUACUGUGUCACACAGCUGUUGGAAGAAUUAAUAGUGAAGUAUCUGCCUGAUGAACUGUCUGAGAGAAAAAAAAUAUAUGAUGAAGAAACUGCUGAACUCUCACACUUGACCAAGAAUGUUCCAAUAUUUGUUUGUACUAUGGCCUACCCCACUGUGCCUUGCCCUCUUCAUGUGUUUGAGCCAAGAUACAGAUUGAUGAUUCGAAGAAGUAUACAAACUGGAACCAAACAGUUUGGGAUGUGUGUCAGUGAUAAACAGAAUAGUUUUGCAGAUUAUGGCUGUAUGUUACAAAUUAGAAAUGUACAUUUCUUACCUGAUGGAAGGUCUGUGGUUGAUACAGUUGGAGGAAAGCGGUUUAGGGUUUUAAAAAGAGGAAUGAAAGAUGGAUAUUGCACUGCAGACAUUGAAUAUCUGGAAGAUGUUAAGGUUGAGAAUGAAGAAGAGACAAAGAAUCUCAGAGACCUUCAUGAUUUGGUAUAUUCUCAAGCCUGCAGCUGGUUUCAGAAUUUGAGAGACAGAUUUCGAAGCCAAAUUCUUCAGCACUUUGGAUCAAUGCCUGAGAGGGAGGAAAACCUCCAGGCAACCCCUAAUGGACCUGCGUGGUGUUGGUGGCUUCUUGCAGUUCUUCCUGUAGAUCCCCGAUAUCAGCUGUCAGUUUUAUCAAUGAAGUCUUUGAAAGAACGGUUGACCAAGAUACAGCAUAUACUGACCUAUUUUUCUAGAGACCAAUCUAAGUAACUAACUGCUUGGAUUUCCCUUUAAGGUUACCUUAAUCUGGCUGUGUUGACGGCCAGAUUGUCUGCUGCCUUUGCACAUCCAGUGCUGGUUUGAGAAAUGUAAUGAAACUUUUUUUUUUCUUCAACCUCCUGAAUCAUGUGGUUCUGCAAAUGAAUACCUUCAACUAGGAUUAGACCACUUAAGAACUUGCACAGAAAAACACGCACUGAAUGUGUGUUAAACCUCUACAUUGUGAUGAAGUUGCACUAUGUACCAUAUUCUAAAAUGAAAUAAGAACUUUGUGUAUGUAUGUGGAGUGCGUGUGUGUGCGUAUGGGUAGUAUGUGUGCAUUUUCUCUGGCUUUAAAAUUUUAGAAGAAUAAAAAAAGCCAUAGAGAGCAGAACUUGCCGAGGGUCAUUUUUUGCCCAAGUUUACAACAGCAGCGAUACAAGUUGUUUGCAAAUUAAAUUUUGCCUCAGAUUUAUCUGUCCUAAUGCUUAUAUUUGCACAAGUAUGUAAAAUAUGGUAUUGAGUAUCAUUCUUUGUUGGAAAUACUGCUCUUGCUGAACCGUCUUGACCAUUGACUAUGAAUGACACAGUUUCUUAUUUAUGUAAAUACUUGCAUCACAGUGGCCCACAGGCAUUGGAUGCAGAACCUAGAGCCAGUUUUCAGGAACAAUUGUAAACCUGACAUGGUACUGUGCAUCUCUAUUCAUAAAAUACUUAAAACUGUGAAAAUAUGGUUUACAUUUAAUUGUACAUAAAGGCAAAUGGAGAACUCAAUUCAGUACCAGUUAGUUUGUACAUUUUAGGGGGCUUUUCACAUUAACUGCCCAUCUAUGUAAUUUAUAGUUUGACAUGAAAUGUUUGUUUGAAAAAAUUACAUAGUAUAAACCCAUUAAGGAUCUGGGGAAGGAACAUGUUUAAUGUAAGAACCAAGCUUUUAAAGUUUGUUUUGUUUUUUAAUUCUGGUCUUGGUGCAAACGUUAGUUAUGCCUUAUUCAUAUCACAAUUAGAUCACCAUGCUGUGACAUGGUGUAUAUUCAUGCUGCCCUAGGUACUUUUGUAAUUAUUUGUUGCAAAGUUGUGACUGCCCCUAUUAACUUUCUUUUAUGUAAGUAAUUUGUAAAAGUUUCUUAAGAAUUUUGCUUUUGCUUAUUUAAUUUUGAAUAAAAGCUAAAUUCAUAAUA